AUGAUGGGAUGGAGCGAGAUUUGGCAGCCACCCGUGAUGGUUGCCAGUGGCAAACUGCCAAUUUGCCACCAUCGAGUGGAUAUUGCUCUGGAUUUGCCGUUAUUGGCUUUGUUCAACGAAGGCCAGAGAAGACCCGAGGAGCCCACGGACAUCGAGGGUUGGCAGCCGCAGGAGAAGGAAAUACGCGUGAAGCUGCUUGGGACGCCGUGCUCACGAGGCCUGCACGCUAACGCACAGAAUGGCGCACAGAAUGCGAAGGAAGUAUAUCAAUCUUGUCGAUAA